GAAUCGGUACCGCUGGGGUCUAGUUAGUACAGUGUCCAAAUUUUAGGUUGGUGGCACCAGUAGAAGGUAUCGAAAAUGGCCGCUAGAAUAUCUGUAUUCUAGGAUCACCUUGGUCAAUGUAUGCCGCGGUCUAUUGCAGCGUUUAAAGAUGUUAAUGUAAUAUAACAGAAAAAAAACAAUGGAGAGACUGGAAAGUAGUAAGGAAUUUACUGCACAUUCCAUGGAACUCAAAUUUUUUCAUAACUACUUCGGCAACCUUGGCGGAUUUAUGUGUGACAAGGCGAAAGAAUUUGCGGAAAAAGAAAAACUCCCAUUUUUACCUUCUAAUCUUCAGGUUGCUUUGGUUAAUCUGGCUCAGCACGAGAAGGUUUAUUUCUCAUUAACCUUUCUGGAACAAAAAUCCUGGUUUGCCAGACGAGAUUCUCUUAAAAAUUCUUAUUCUAUUCUACAAAGUUUGUUCCUUUCUAUUGUGAAGCAAGAGCACAAAGUUAGCACUUCUGGGGAUUUUGAAACAGAUGGUGAAUUGCCGGAAAACUUGGUAUCAACAGUAUGCUUUCAACUAUCCGAAUUUUGCUCUGCAAGGCUCGAAUGCAUUUCACUUUACAUUCAGAUGUUCAAAACUGCUCUAGCUCCACCAUUAGACACAUUGUGCGAAGAAGUAAAACUUCUAUUAGAAUCUUAUCCACAAAAAUUCCCUCAUGAUUGUUUAAGAAAUAUACAGACUUGUAUAUCAGACGAGCUAACUGCACUGCUUGCAUUGCUACAAGCCAGACAAGAUAUAUUUAAGUGGAACUACACAGGUGCCAUUUAUAACUUGGAUGAUGCUCAUGAAGUUUUAUUAAAAUGGAAGCCACAAGCCAUGAAACACCAAGGAAGUUCAUUUCGUGGAAGUUUUUUUGGCUUUGGUGAAAAACUAUCAAAUCCCACAUCAGGUUUAUAUGUGUGGAUGGAAAAAUUCUUUCAAACUCUGAAAUCUCAGUUUACCUUCUAUUUUUAUGAGGUGUUAUGUAACACUGGUAGUUCCGACGAGAUGAAGCAAAUGCUUUCAAAAACAAGCUAUGAUUUUGUUUCCAAAGCAUUACUUCAUAUAAAGAGGAAUGAUUUUUCUCACCUUUUCCUUAUUUUAAAUACUAGAGAGCAGAGUACGACUGCUUUAAAAUAUGGUUAUCCGCUACCAGAUCUGAAUGACCAAACUUGUGUGCAGAACUACAGGAUUAUGUUAACACUGCCCCAUACAUCAAAUGACCAUGUCACUCAUAUACAAUAUCUUCUUCAAAAUAAAACUGAUGAGCUUAAUCUAGAAAAAGUUGUUUCACAUACGUCAUCUGAAGAUAACAAGACUUUUUUUUGUGCUCAGAUUGACCACAAAAUAUUUAUCAUCAUAGUGUGUAAUGGGCUUCGUGGUGACAAAGAUUCAAAUGUGACUUUGUACUUAAAUGAAGUUCUUAAUCAGUUAAAAUUAAGAAAAAUAGCUUUGCUGUUAAAACCAGGAAACAAAUAAAAUAGUAUUAAACAUUACUACAGUGACAUUUUCAUUAGAAAAAAACAGGCACCAAGAAAGUUUCAUUUUAUUAUCACUCUUUUGAUUGUGAAUACCAACAAUAGAUCAAAAUAAAAUAAAAAUAUCAAUCGUUUUUUUAAUAACUUAAAUAUCUACCUACGUACGCCCUCCAGCGACACAUUGAAAACCAAACUUCCCGCCCGUCCGUUGAUGAUAAAUAAAGUUUACACGUGUUU